CACGGAAAAUGGCGGCCAUAUUGACUAUUUAUUCAAGGAGAAUACGACAGAAAAAUCCCUUAGUUAUUUGGGUUUUUGACACUCUUUUGUGCUAAAUUUGCUGUUAAAACUGGUGCCGUCCACGCAUUUUUGUUGUAAAUUGUUUAUGCACAAUUUAUGACGUGAGCAAGAGCGACAGUGACACGUGAUUGGCAAAGAAUUUUGUUCGAUUCGCCUUUGUUGGGCCGCCACCAGACAGUUGAAGAUGAAGCGAAUGCAUGACUCAAGAUGAGCAAGGGUGGAUUGGAUUUUAGCAGCCCCCUGUUUGGUCCAACAUGUAACGAUGACAACUCCAAAUUGAAGUUAAAGAAAUCCUCACUUGAUUCCAGAAAUGGUUCUGAUGAUAAAAAAUAUGAUGUAGAAGACAGUGGAUCAGGCUCUAACUCUAGUGGUUCAAGUUCAGACUCGGAUUCUGAAUCUGGAUCUGGCUCAGGAUCAGGGUCAGCCUCUGGAGGGGGUGAAGAUCAAAGGUCAGCAAAGUCAAGUGCGUCGGAUAGCUCGUCUGAUUCUAGUCAGGGCGAUGACAGUGAAGGAAACUCCAAGUCGGAGAGUGGGUCAGACAGUGAUGAUGAUAAUGAGUCCAAGAGACCAAAGUUAGACAUAACCACCUCUGACUCUCAGGAUGUACCAUCCUCUACCGGCAAGAAGGGCCGUCCCCGCAAGCCAAAUAUUGGGGAACUCAAGGAGAUUGUGGAACAGAACCCUGAUCUUUAUGGACUGAGGCGGUCAGGUCGGGCCAAGAAGGAGCCCAUUAGGUACACCUCAAUUAAUGAAAGUGAUGAUGGGGAUUCUGCGGGCAGGAAACGAUCCCGAAGAAAAGGAUCUGGGGACUGGGACGGCAGUAGUGACAGUGACAGCGGAUCAAGUGAUGGAUACAAAGCUGCUAUCAGACAAAAGCGACCACCGCAGUCAAAGAGGUUAUCCCGUCGGCCAACUAAGACACAAAAAAGACGAGCAGCAGGAAGCAAACGGCGAGAGAGGCAUCUGUCUGACUCGUAUGACUCUGACAGUGAUGAAGAUCGCAGGACAUCCUUUAGAAGUUCAGCCAAUAAAAUAAGGGGCAAGGCAUCAGGGAAAAAGCUUAACAAAGCUCCCGCCCUGCGAAGGAAAAGUACAAAGAAAAAUGUUAGUUAUAAGGAAGCAUCAGACGACCACACCGACUCAGACGACCUGAUAGAGGUAGCUGGGGGAGAUGAGGGGGCAGAACCUGCUGUGGAGGACAACAGGGAGUGUAUAGAGAAGGUCCUGGGUGACCGGAUUGGGCGUAAAACAGCCAUUGGAAGUAAGACAACUAUCUACAAUGUACAGGACAAUGGGGAUCCUAAUGAUGGCUGUGACCCCGAGACGGAGGAAACGUCCCAGCAGUACCACAUCAAAUGGAAGAACUGGGCUCAUAUCCAUAACACUUGGGAGUCAUAUGAGAACAUCAAAGAGCAAAAGGUGCACGGGCUCAAGAGGCUAGAGAACUACAUCAAGAAAACGAACGAGAUUAAAGAGUGGAAGGAGCACGCCACACCUGAGGACCAGGACUACUAUGACAUUCAGCAGGAGAUGAUGGAGGAUUUGUUCUAUCAGUACCGCAACUGUGAACGUGUCAUAGCCCAUUCCAACCAAAAGAUGGCUAAUGAGAAUAAUGGCUACCCAGACUACUUAUGUAAGUGGAUGGGACUGCCGUACUCGGAGUGUACGUGGGAGGAAGGCGAACUGGUCUCCCGUAAAUUCCAGUCGACUGUUGAUGAGUACCAGGCUCGAAACAAAUCACAAAAAAUUCCUACAAAGCUUUCAAAGGUUCUGAAGUCCCGUCCUAAAUUUGUACCUCUGAAACUCCAGCCAAAAUUUCUUGGGGGUGUGGAUUCUUUGGAGCUAAGAGACUAUCAGCUGAAUGGAGUUAACUGGCUCAUGCAUGCAUGGUGCAAGGAGAACAGUGUGAUCCUAGCAGACGAGAUGGGGCUGGGUAAGACUAUACAGACGAUCUCAUUCAUCUCCAUCCUCCAUAACUCUUACCAGCUUCAUGGUCCCUACCUCCUGGUUGUGCCACUCUCAACUGUUGUCGCCUGGCAACGCGAGUUUGAAACCUGGGCACCUGAAAUGAAUGUUGUGAUAUAUAUGGGUGACAUCAUAAGUAGAAACAAGAUUAGAGAGUUUGAAUGGUGCCACCCUGGGAACAAAAGAUUAAAGUUCAAUGUGAUAAUAACUACAUAUGAAAUCUUAUUGAAAGACAAGUCCUUCCUUGGGGGUGUACAGUGGGCCUUCCUUGGGGUUGACGAGGCCCAUCGCCUGAAGAAUGAUGACUCCCUUCUGUACAGAUCGUUGUUUGAUUUCCACUCCAACCAUCGUCUCCUCAUUACAGGAACACCUCUCCAGAACUCACUGAAGGAGCUCUGGGCCCUUCUUCACUUCAUCAUGCCAGACAAAUUUGAUGCUUGGUCUGACUUUGAAAGAAUGCAUUCUUCAGAGAACAAAACUGGAUUUACCAACUUGCACAAAGAAUUGGAACCCUUCUUACUUCGCCGGAUGAAAAAAGAUGUGGAAAAGUCACUGCCAGCUAAAACUGAACAAAUUCUGCGUGUGGAGAUGACUUCACUGCAAAAACAGUACUACAAAUGGAUUCUCACGAAAAACUACAAGGCAUUGUCUAAAGGUCUAAAGGGUAAUAUUGGAAGUUUUGUGAACAUUAUUAUGGAACUGAAAAAGUGUUGUAACCACACACAGCUAAUCCGUCAGCCUGAUGACGAAAUGACUAUGGACAAGUUUCAGGCCCUAAUGAAGGGCAGUGGAAAGUUGUUGUUGUUAGACAAACUGUUGUGUCGACUGAAGGAAACGGGACACCGAGUGCUAAUAUUUUCACAGAUGGUACGCAUGCUGGACUUGAUAUCAGAGUAUCUCAAGGCCAGACAUUUCAAUCAUCAGAGGCUGGAUGGCUCUAUACGAGGGGAUUUAAGGAAGGCAGCUCUAGAUCAUUUUAAUGCAGAAGGAUCGCCGGACUUUUGUUUUCUCCUGUCAACAAGAGCAGGCGGUCUGGGUAUAAACUUGGCAACAGCCGACACAGUCAUUAUAUUUGAUAGUGACUGGAAUCCACAGAACGAUCUCCAGGCCCAGGCCAGAGCUCAUAGAAUUGGCCAAAAGAAUCAGGUGAGUGUGUACAGACUGGUCACAAAAGGCAGCGUUGAGGAAGACAUUGUAGAGCGAGCAAAACGCAAGAUGGUGCUCGACCACUUGGUCAUCCAGCGAAUGGAUACAACUGGCCGGACAGUACUUGACCGUGGCCAUGUUCCCUCCAGUAAUUCCACCCCAUUCAAGAAGGAAGAGUUGAGUGCUAUUCUCAAAUUUGGUGCCGAGGAAUUAUUCAAAGAAUGUGAUAGUGACGAUGAGGAACCACAGGUUGAUAUUGAUGAAAUCCUGCAGCGUGCAGAAACUAGGGAAGUGGAGCCAACUACAGUGGGAGAUGACCUUCUCUCACAGUUUAAGGUUGUCAGCUUUGAUAACUUGGAAGAGGAGGAAAUUGAACGUCUUGGAGAAAGUAACCAUGAAGAUACGGGGAAAAUGUGGGAUGCUAUAAUUCCUGAAAGUGACAUCCGUAGAAUUGAGGAAGAGGAGAGACAGCAACAGUUACUGGAACUAAAUCUGCCUCCCCGCAGUAGGAAAACUAUACAACAGCUCCAACAAGAGUAUGAUUCUGAUGAAAACAAGAAAAGAAGAAAAAAGAAAAAUGAUGCCGAUGAUUCUGAUUCUAGUGAUGACGACGAGGAGGAAGAUCGCCCAAAGAAACGAGGACGUCCAAGAACCAUAGCUAAAGAGGCUGUGAAGGGAUUCACAGACUCUGAGAUUAGGAGAUUUAUCAAAAGCUUCAAAAAGUUUGGUCAUCCUAUGACGAGAUUAGACUCCGUGGCUUGUGAUGCAGAACUUCAAGAGAAGUCAGAGACUGAUUUGAAGCGGCUGGCAGAAACAAUUAAGCACAGCUGUGAAGUAGCCAUGGAGGAAUAUAAGAAUAAGCUAGAGGGAGAUCCAAACUUUGAGGCUGGAAAGAAGACACACAGAGGCCCGACUUUGAAGAUUUCUAGUGUAACGGUUAAUGCCCAGUCCUUAAUGAAGGCAGAACAGGAGUUAGAACCAUUAGCUGUUACAAUACCAUCCAACAAGGAGCUAAAGAGCAAGUACCGUCUAACUGCACAUGUGAAGGCGGUGCACUGGGACUGUCCAUGGGACAUAGAGGAAGACAGUAAUCUUCUCAAGGGAAUCCACGAGUAUGGCAUGGGCAGCUGGGAAGCAAUCAAAAUGGACCCCUGCCUCAACCUACAUGACAAGAUACUACCGGAUGGUGGGGACCUCAAGCCCCAGGCCAAGCAUUUACAGACACGAGCUGAAUACCUCCUCAAAGUGCUGAAACGUCAAUUUGAUAUCGAGAAGCAUGGAAUUACUCCAGUAGUUAAAACCAAAAGAAAAAGGAAACCAGUAUUGUCUAAAGCUGAGGUGAUUGAAAAAGAUUUAUCUGAUUCUGACAUUGGCCAGCAUCAUCCAGUGAAGGAUGAAACUACCCUAGACAGUAUUCCAGAAAGUCCUGUCAAGAAAAGAAAGAAAAAAGACAAUAGUGAAAAGGAGGCAAAGUCCCACAUGGCUGAUGACGAGGAUACUAAGGAUUCUCUCGACUUCCACAGAGAAGCCAAGAAAAAGAAGGGAGCAAAGGCAAAAAAUAAAAAGAACAAAUCUGGUCCUGUACAUAUCACUGCUGAGAAGGAGCCGGUAGCUAUAGCCAUGGAAGUAGAGUUUGGUGCUGAGUUACCAUCUAACGUAUUUGCAAAGUGUAAGGAGAUGAUGAGACCAGUCAAGCGAGCACUGAAGAGGCUGGACAAUCCUGAUGAGGGGCUCACAGAGAAAGAACAGGUUGUUCAUACCAAGCACUGCCUACUGAAAAUUGGUGACCGCAUCAAUGAAUGUCUGGCCGAGUAUAACGACCCAGAUAUUAUCAAACAGUGGAGAAGUCACCUUUGGAUAUUCGUGUCGAAAUUCACAGAAUUUGAUGAUCAAAAACUACACAAGUUGUAUAAACGAGCCUAUCGAAAACGAGAGGAAGACAAAGAGAAGGAAGAUAUCGAACCUCAUUCUCAGGAGCGUCACCACCACUCCACGUCACACGACAAAUCUGGCCACAAACGGCCCCUUGACCACACAGACCACGUAAAAAAGGAGCACUCGCAAAAACCAAUGCACAAUAGCGGGGACCACUGGAGCAGUAAAGAGCACAAAAAUUCUGCCUCUAAUAGUAACGGUCCCUGGCAUAGUGCAGCCACCAAAGGAGGGCGAGACAGUGCCAGUCAGCGCACUGACUCAAAAUCUAGUCCCGCUGAUAGGUGGACACAAGCCAGUCCACUAGCCCGACCUGAUGAUCCAACCAGAAAUAGAUAUGGCGAUGGCAGUGGAGCCGCCACCUAUAAACGACCCAAACAACACCAGGACGGAUACAGAGGAUUCCAUGCCAAUGAACAUAAAUAUGGAUCCAGCGAGCAUCAUAGGUUCAACAAUGAUGGCAGGCGUGAAUAUUCGUCAGGGAGUCAAAAACAAUUUCAUCGAGACAACACAUCAUUUCACCACCAUGACCGGUCAGACCAUCACAGUAGUGGGAAAUACAGGCCAGACUAUCGCAGUGAACGUAAUGAUAGGAAUGAUCGUGGAGAUUACCAACGGCCAGACUAUGGUCAGUUUGGUCACCGAGACUAUGGAGGCAGUGGAGGUUCAUCAAGGGGCUUUGCACGGCCGAGUGGUGACAACUACAUUUCUCAUUCCGAUCGGAAAAGGAAAAGUGACAAUUUUGAUAAUAGACGAUCGUAUAGUAGUUUAAAAGACCCUAGACUUGCUGAAGACCAUAGUAAUGACGGAUCUUCAUAUUCCAAUGCAGGCAGUGAACUGCACGGGAAACACUGACGAAAGGGGAGCAGCUGAUUCAUUCUGGUCUCAUUGUGUUCAUGCUUAUCAAAGUGAAUUGGGAUCCUUCAGCGUCCAACAUUACACUCGCAAAUAUAUAGCUGCUUUGAAUUAACAAAGGGACAGUUUGGCUGAUAUAUGUGUGUGUAGUGUGACGCUGGUAUCAUCCUUACAUUGUCAUUGUAGGAACUUUAAUGAAAUUAUCGCAAAUUCAUCUCAAGCAAGACCAUUUAAAAUUGCCAUCAUCGUCAUCUCUUGCUGCAGUGAAGAAUAUGUCUGACCGAGAAUCUCGUGUCCGGUUUUCUGUGAGCCUGACUGUAUGAGAGAGAGUGUGUAGGGUGCUGUUUGAGUCAACAGGGACUAUAGAUGAAGCAACGGAUGGUGCUACAGAAUACAUGUGUGACCUGAUACUGUGUACUCCAUUAUUGGAGUGGUCUAGACGUGUAAUUAACUUGUGAACCUCUGAAUCCAUACACAGUGUUUACAUAAAGAUACUCUUAUUUUCUGACAUUACACACAAUUUAUAGACCAUCCAUUAAUGAUACACACAAACUGCCUCCUUCUGGCAUGGAUGAGAAGAUCAGUUAACGUUUGUUGUAGAAAUCAGUAUAAAGAGCAUCCUGAUACAUAUUUAACUUGUUUCAGAUUAAGACUUAAUAUAAAAAAACCACAUCAAGACCAAACUACCUUGCAUGUCAUAAUUAUGAUGAUUAUCUCCCUUGGAUUAGAAAAUCUACAGUUGGUUAUUAAACAUUACAUGAUUUUUGUUCAGUUCAUGUAUGUUGAUUUAAAAUUGUCAUCUGAUACUAAACUCUGCUUAAAUUCAAAUUUAAAAAAUGAGCUUCCUGUGUUUCUGAUAUUUACAAUUUUGGAACAGAAGGUGUACAUCAUAGGAAGGUAGGAUAUACCCUUAAGUCGUCAGAAUUGGUUGUUGAACUGGGAUAUUCAGCAAUAAAUGAAAUCUAAGAUGGCUAAUAUAAGAACAAAGACACUGCAAAAAUAACAUGUUCUAUUUGAUUUUGUUUUUGAAAAUAUUGUAUAUGAAUUGUUUAAAUGUUGCAAGUGAGGAUACAAUUUUUAAGUUGAAUGCUACUGUACAUGCAGGAGGUAUGACCAGCUUGUCAACAACAAAAUGUGAAGUAGUGCAAAAUGAAUUGUUAUUUGUUGACGUUAUUUUCUUCUUGAUAUUGUAUAUCAAAUAAUUUAUUUUUAAAGCAAGUUUAAAUUGGGGUUUAAACUAGAUGUUCGAAACCACACCAGAUUUAUUUGAAGAAGUUUUAAUAUACAUGCUACAAGUGGGUAGACACCAUUGUGCUAUAAUAGAGGUGUAUAUUGUGAUACGGAGGAGAGACAGAAUUGAUACACUGGACAAUGUUUUCCAGUAAAGUUCCUUAUUUUCAUGUUAGUUUGUGGCAUUUUUCAGUUUUUAAGAUUGAUUUAGAUCUUAUUAAAUGAUAAUACUUACAUUAUUACUAUUACAAUAGUUCCUCCCAUAUCAUAUGGAAUAAAAAUUGUCUAAUUUGAUACAAUACAGGCAAGCUUUUCAAUUGUCCUUGUUAUUUGUGGAGUUAUCUUUAUUAAUCAAAACGUCAGAUUGGGAAAAAAAAAUACAACAAAAUUGUAAUAUUGCAAAUUAUGAACUUCGGAUUUUUAAAAUCUUUUUAAAAACAAAAGUUAGACUUCAGAGUUUGAUAAAGAAGAAAACAAAAUCUGGAAAACACAUCUAAUAUAGGCAUUACAAAAACAUGAAAUUGUUUGUUGAACAAGCAACAGUUUUAAGGAAAUCUUUUCAAAAAGAUACUACAGGGUGAUGCCAUUGGGAUGUGAAAACUAUCUGAAUUAAAUUUGUAGUUCAUGGAAGAUAAUAUUUCAGAUACUUUAAAAGGAUAGUUGGCCGGGCCACUAUGGAGUUAGUUUCAACAUCACAAAAAUAUUUGCUGUCUGUAUUUUGUAGGUAUAAGUUGUUAAUGUUCUGUGAAGUUUUAAUUUAUCUUUGUUACAUGAAAGUUAAUAUUUGCUAGCACUGGGGUCACAAAGGCGGACAGCACGGGUCACCUGGGUUUGAAUUGACUGGUGCUGUGGUUAAACUGUGAGAAAACUUAAUAACCUCUUUUAAAAACAAAUGUCCUGGUAGGUAUUUA